AUUGGGCAGGUGGGUCGAAGAAAAGAAGGCAAAACUGUGAACGAAAUGGGCUCUUUGGUGCAAAUACAAGAGACCCCAACUUGGAAGAAGUUCUUGAGCUAUGUAGGUCCUGGUUUACUGGUCUCAGUAGCCUAUCUUGAUCCUGGAAACUUGGAGACAGAUUUGCAAGCAGGAGCUGACCACAAAUACGAGUUGCUAUGGAUCGUGCUCCUCGGACUGGCAUUUGCACUUAUAAUCCAAUCUCGCUCAGCAAAUCUUGGAGUAGCAACAGGAAGGCAUCUGUCUGAGCAUUGCAAGGACGAAUAUCCAAAGCCAGUGACUUACUGUCUCUGGAUACUGGCUGAAGUUUCCGUCAUAGCUGCCGACAUCCCACAAGUGAUAGGCAUCGCUUUUGCUCUCAAAUUACUCCUCAAUAUACCGUUAUGGUCUGGGGUCAUGCUGGCUGGAUUGAAUACUCUUCUGCUUCUUGGGCUACAGAAAUAUGGCAUACGAAAGCUAGAACUAGCAAUUGCAGUACUAUUGAUGAUUGUAGGGGGGUGCUUCUUCAGUGUAAUGGUACAUGCCCAGCCUAAUGUGAAGGACAUGGCAAUGGGGAUGUUCAUCCCAAAAUUGAGCAAUGGAAGCGCCACCAGAGACUCCAUUGCUCUUCUAGGAGCUCUUAUCAUGCCGCAUAACCUAUUUCUCCAUUCAGCUUUAGUCACAUCUAGAAAGAUCCAUCGUUCAAAUGAUCAGAUUAGGGUAAUAAAAAUUGUCUUUCUUAUGAGUCCAAACAAAACAAAUAAACACAAGACUAGCUUCUUACCUUUAACUGCUUCCUCUGUUUCAAUACAGAAUGCAACAAAGUACUUCCUGUUGGAGAGUGGAAUGGCAUUGUUUAUAGCAUUCCUUGUCAAUGUAGCAGUCGUUUCAGUUAGUGGAAGCAUAUGCUCAAAUCCAUAUGCUUCUGCAGACGAGAAAGCACAUUGUAAUGAAAUCACUCUGGACUCAGCUGCAUUUCUGCUUAAGGAUUCUCUAGGGAAAUGGAGUUCAAAGCUUUAUGCUGUGUCUUUGUUGGCAUCAGGUCAGAGUUCAUCAGUCACAGGGACAUUUGCUGGCCAGUAUAUAAUGCAGGGGUUUUUGGAUCUGAAAAUGAAGCUAUGGCUGCGAAAUUUGCUCACCAGGUGCAUAGCAAUUGCGCCAAGUUUAAUGGUCUGCGUCAUCGGCGGAUCUUCUGGAGCUGGGAAGCUAAUUAUUAUUGCUUCUAUGAUUUUAUCAUUUGAACUACCAUUUGCACUGGUUCCUCUUCUUAGGUUUACCAGCAGUGGAAGCAAAAUGGGGCAGCAUAAAAACUCUAAGAUGGUAACAGUGAUCACAUGGCUACUAGGAUUCUGCUCAAUUGGGGUCAACAUCUAUUUCUUAAGCAGAAGUUUGUUUGGGUGGCUUACCAGCAAAAAGAUGCCCAGGGCUGUAUCCAUCUUCUCCACAGUAAUGAUCUGUCCAGUAAUGGUGCUUUAUGUUGCAAUGCUGGCCUACUUGACGCUGAAGCCAGAAGCUACAAGCAAGAGUGUCCAAUCUUCUGAAGCAAGUUCUACUGGGACUGUUGAAAUGGAGCUAGAGCAAGGUGCUGACUUCAAAACUCCGAUGUAGCUGAUGAGAUUUAGAAGGAUGAUCUAGUCCCUCUGUAGGACACAAGUUCUUCACCAUCCCCACCGCAUUAUAUAAUAUUCUUCAGUAGUAAUCAAAAGAAUAAAUUACAGUAAAGAAUAAAUCUGUAGUGACUUACAGGGGUAAAUUUUCAACUUGCAUCUAUUAAAA